AUGGCGCUGAAGGACACAGAGUGGUGGCCCGGGGACACGGACACGUCAUGGCCCCGGUGCCCGCCCCGCCCCCCCCGGCUCCGCCUGGACGUCGCCCCCUCCCCCGAGUUCGGGCCGGCCCCGGGACCGAGAGCGGUGCCCGCGGGGGGACGCGUGUUCCUGCAGGUGUCGCUGUCCCGCGCUCCCCCCGGGCUCGGUUUCUCGCUCCGCCGCUGUUUCGUGUCGCCGCGCUCGUCCCCGGGCCCCGCCCGGGGUCCCCCCCCGGUGCCGCGGCCGCUCGUGGUGCUGCGGGGCGGCUGCGGCGCGGGGCGGGCGCGGCGGCGGCCCCGGGGCUCCGUCGUGCUCCCGGCGCGGUUCCCGGAGCCGCUGCAGUUCCUGCACUGCCGCCUGCGCCUCUGCCGCCGCCGCGGCCCCGGCACCGGCACCGGCAGCGGCACCGGCACCGGCACCGGCACCGGCACCCCGCCCGGGCUGCCCACG